AUGACCCAGCCUGGCAAGCCCACAGCGGGCGUACUCCAGAUUCCCGUCGCAGCUACCCAGAAAACCGCUACAGCACCUGCAAAGAAAGCUCACAAACCUCCUGCCCCUCGCCUUAAACUACUUAUCCGCCGCCUUCCACCUGGGCUAACGCAGGCCGAGCUUGAGACCGCAUUGGGCCCAGAAUGGAAACUCGGAGCCGGGAGGGUGGAUUGGCUUCAAUACAAGCCUGGAAAAGUAUCCAAGGAUCCUGCCAAGCCGUCUCGUCCCUCCAGAGCCUACAUCCAUGUGGUGUCCAGCGACCAUAUCACCCCGCUUUCCGACCAAGUAAGGGAAACCUCCUUCCAAGAUGCCCGUGGCACCUCGCAUGACCCAAUCCUUCUGGGCCCUCCAGGCCUCGAGUUUGCGCCCUACGCCAAAACCCCCGGCAGUCGCGUUCGCAAGGAUGCUCGCCAAGGCACCAUUGAUCAAGAUCCGGACUUCAUUGCAUUCCUGGAAAGCUUAACCCAACCCAUCACAAAGCCAGCGACUGUGGAUGCUGUUGAGGGCGAUGAGAAGAAAGAGGCAGUGGCGACUACACCCCUGGUGCAGUUCAUCAAGGACAAGAAGGCCAGCAAAGCGAAGGAGGCUGCAGCCUCUAAAUCAUCCAAGCAUAGUCGUUCAGAGAAAGACUCGAAGGAGAAGGUUCAGGCGAAGAAACUUUUACAACGACCCAGUAAGGAGUCCAGCGAGGCACCUGUAUCAGAGAAGAAGGGCAGAGGUGAUAAGAGUGCCAAGGAGUCAGCAAAGGCAGCCAAGCAAGCUGCUACUACUACUACAACCAAGUCCGGAAAGGGUGGAAACUUGAGCACCCAAAAGGAGAGCGCGGCAGCACCAGAGCGAAAGAGAGAAAGAGGCAAUCUCGCCGCAGCGACCAAGAUCCUGCAACGUGAUUUGGGGAUUGCUCCAUCCGGCGGUCGACGACGGGGUAAAGGCGGAGCGAACGACACCGGGACCCCCAAGAACGAGAGUGCUCGAGACUCAUCAGAUGCUGCAACUGAAAAUACAAAGAAGGAGCCACCAGCCAAACCAGCCAAGAAUAUACAAGCUAAAGCGAAGGAUACCGAGUCUACAAAUACAAAGUCCGCUGAGGGUAACACUCCAUCCACUUCGAAUACAACAUCAACCAAAGCGCCCAAGGGUGCCAAACCGAAGCCAGUCGCGAAUCCGGCACCUACUUCCACUCAGGCUUUCCUUAAACACGCGAAUCCAUCACAGGGCGUGACGGAGGCAUUGCUGGAAACUGCGUUCGCUGCAUUUGGAACGGUUAGCAAAGUGGAGAUUGAUAAGAAGAAAGGAUUUGGUUAUGUGGAUUUCACGGCGCCGGAUGGACUACAGAAAGCGAUGGCAGCUAGUCCUGUGACAGUCGCGCAGAGCCAAGUUGUUGUUCUGGAGCGCAAGGCAAACCCUGGUGGUGAGAAGGUUCGCAAGGGUCGACCUGAUGCGCCACCAAGUGGAAAACCGAAGGCUGCAGUUGAAGGCAACAACGCCGGCGGCAACGCGACUGGUUCCUCUGCCCGGGGAUCUCGAGGCGGUCGUGGAGCUCGAAACAAGGGUCCCAAGGGCAGUGGAGCUGGUGGUGGAACAGGCAAUGCCGAGAAGGGUCAGGAGAAGAUAGAGAAAGCUGCUAAUGUUGAUAAGUGA